GCUUUUGACGGCCGGUUCAUCCCGAUCGGGUUCGGGGUGUUAACGAGAUUUGUUGCGUAAUGUAACCCGAAUUACUAGGAAAUAUCAACAACGCGCAUUGAAUUAUUUUAAUGAGAAUAUUGGGUAUUUUAUAGGGGGAAAUUAUGUUUUAGUAGGUAAGAAUUUUAUAAGAAAAAAAUCUUUUGUCAUUUGUCAAAAAUUAUUCCAUCGACUAGCCUUAGAAAUGUCCAUCUACAGAUCGGGGGUGUGGUUUGUAAAAGGCCUGAGAGAAUACACAAAAAGUGGAUUCCAAUCAGCAUGUAAGAAUUUCAAUAACGCUGACCUUGAAGUCAAUGCUAGCGGUAGAAGUUUUAUGAUAACUGGAGCAAACAGUGGGAUUGGAAAGUGUGCAGCCAUCGCUGUUGCACAGAAAGGUGGCACUGUGCAUAUGGUGUGUAGAGAUGUUACUAGAGGAGAAGAGGCAAGGCAAGAAAUCAUAACACAGACUGGGAACCAGGAUGUUCACUUACAUCAGCUUGAUAUGUCUAAACCAAGAGACAUUUUCAAGUUUGUCAGAGGCUUCAGAGAAUCUGGAAAAGUCCUUGAUGUUUUGAUUAACAAUGCUGGAUGCAUGGUGAACACAAGGGAAUUAACUGAGGAGGGUCUGGAAAAGAAUUUUGCAACAAAUACUCUUGGAAUCCACAUACUGACCACAGAACUAGUACCUUUGCUGUCAGAAAGGAACAAACCGAGGGUGAUAACAGUGUCUUCAGGUGGAAUGCUGACCCAAAAGCUGGACAUUAAAGACUUACAGUUUGAGAAGAUGCAGCCUUUUGAUGGCACAAUGGCAUAUGCUCAGAACAAACGCCAACAGGUUGUCAUGACAGAAGAGUAUGCUAGACGCUAUCCCAAAGUGCACUUCUCUAGUAUGCAUCCUGGCUGGGCUGACACACCCGCUGUGAGGUCUGCUAUGCCUGGUUUUUAUGAGAAGAUGAAGACUCGACUGAGGACGGCGGAGGAGGGAGUGGACACUCUGGUCUGGUUAGCCUUGUCUGAAGCAGCUCUCAAACAAACUAGUGGUCUCUUUUUUCAAGAUCGAUCCCCUGUAGCUACACAUCUUCCACUGGCCUGGUCAAAAGCCACACCUCAAGACUGUCAACAGCUCAUGAACCAGCUAGAUCAAAUUUCUCUACAGUUCAAAGGCUAAAGAAAACAUGUAUUUAAGUACAAAUUAGAUUCAUUCACAGAAUCAGUGACUGGGUCAUGUACAAGGUCAUGGAUUCUGAAACAAGGUCAUUGACUGGUUCCCAGACCAGGUCAUUGAUUUUUUCAGGGGCAAGAUGACAUGUGUGUUGUUAAGGUAUGGGUGGAAAAAAAAUGGAAAUUAUAUGUAUAUCUACAUGUAUAUACAUGAAUUCAUUAAAGCCACAUCAGUUAAAUGAUCAGCGAUGAGAGUAAAAAUUGAGAAUGUACAGCAAUAUUAUGUUUAUACUUUAGUUAGUCAUUUGUAUAGAAAUAUUGACCAAAUGAUAUUGUAUUAUUUUAAUGUCAGUUUUGUAAUGUCCUGUGAAUAUCCUCGUAACCUCCGAUUCACUAUAUCUCAAUAAAUGUAUUGAAUACUUGAACCAAA